GCCUUGCUUUCGAAAGGAUGGUGAUUGUGGAGCGUAGCCAGAGUAGAGUUAGGCGUAUAUAAGGCCCCUCGGCCCGGCCCAAGUCAGUCAUUCACCGGACUACCAGCCCACCAUACACACACCAAACAUGAAGGCCUUUAUUGUGUUCGCCUGUCUGGCAGUGGCGACGGCCCGCGCCGGAAUCGCUCACGGAGGUGGCUACGCUCUGGGUGGUGGACAUGGUGGGAUCGGUCUCGGAGGCGUUGGUCUCGGAGGCGUUGGUCUCGGAGGCGUUGGUCUCGGAGGCGUCGGUCUCGGAGGUGGAGGUGUUGGCCUGGCCGUCGGAGGAGGUGCUAGUCUCACCGGUGGACUCGCGGCAGGUGCUGGUGCCGCCAGAUCUCUGCAAGAUGGAGCGUCCAGCUUGGCUUCCCCAGCCCUUGGUGCCAGCUACGCUGCUGGAUCCGCGGCGGCGGCUGGUGCUGCUGGUGUACAACAAAUCGUCUCUGGUGGAGUGAUCGGAGGCAGGGCUGACAUUGGACCCGCUGAAGGACCCAAGGCUAACGUUGGACCCCAAACCGGCCCCUCUGACAUCGUUGGACCCCAAGAAGGUGCCAAGAACGUUGGUGGACCUCGUACCGGGCCAGCUGGUCUCGUUGGACCCGCCACUGGUCCAUUCACCGCUGUCGGUGCCUCUGCUGGUACCUCCACCCUUGUGGGAGGAUCUCAGGGUCGCGCUAACUUGGUUGGACCAUCCUACGGUGGUGUUGCCUUCUACGCUGGAAGCGGUAACAUCAACGGUGACGACGGAAGCUCUGGCUCUGCUGCUGCUGCUGCGCCAUCUGGCCUUGCCGGUCUUAGCGGUGCUGGUGCCAUCGCUGUUGUCGGAGGUGGUGGUGGAAUCGCUGGCGGAAUCGGCGGACACGACGGUGGUGUUGCUGUGAUCAACGGCCCAUCUGGCGCCAUCCACGCCGGACUCGGCUCCCACGGAGCUAUCAUCCCCGGGGGACUCGGCAAGUACUAGACGUUCUAAAGCCCCAGCGAUCUCGGCUCGGCGACGGCGGCAAACCCACCACAGUCACAUACCGGUCUCGAACGAUCCUCAAACGCGCUCAACGGUCUUCUUCCCAAAGCUUCGUCCAAUCUGGGAACAUGGUGAAUAACGCCGGCGUUAGUGGUGUAGUCGGUAUAUAGUCGGAAUAUUAAUCACAAGUCCAGUCGGUAUAUAUCGAGACACGAUACGAAGCGCGAGACGGAAGCCCGGCAUUGUUGGGCCGUGCUAUCACUUCCACGAUCACGGGCUUAGAUCUCCCCGGGAAGUGUAGAACCGUGGAACCGGCCAUUCGUGAUCCGCGGUUUCGUCUCGUUCUAUCCCUCCGUCGACGAAACCACUCGUCCCCAUCUAGUAAGACGAGGCACGGGUCAAAUUUAGUCAAUUUCCAUUCAUCAAUUGUACGCGACAGAGGUAGCCGAACGGAGCCGCGAUUGCCAGCCACGGCUAACAGUUCCGUGACGACGAUUUACAUCUACGUCGCGAUCUAUCACGUCGACAAAGCCCGAUCGACGAAACGAUCGGCAAUUGGUUCAGCGGUCGAUGCUUUCGUCCUACGAACGAUCCUGAGUCAGUCGCGCCAACACACAGAACGAACAAGUAAAACGAACAACGGAAACACGUUCGACCCGGCCGCCUCCGCCAUGGAUCCAAAGUGGACAAGCUUUGGCGCUUCGUCGUUGGACCAACUGGGUCUGUUCUGUUUUCUGAACACCCACCGUUGCUCCGGCAGCACUCUUAUAUUUUUUUUUUUAUUUUCACUUACGUCUUCCACCAAUCGUAAGGCCGCCGCUCUUCACACACACAUAUAUUUACUAUUCUCUCUCUUUUUUUUCUUUUCUCUCUUCCGAUGAGACCGAACGCUACCGAUCCUGAUAGGUUCGUUAGAAAUAGGUCUCACAAGUUGUUAUACUCACUGCCGCACUCUCAAGCAUACAUAUUAUUAUUUACAUUACUCGUCCAUGCGCAUAUAUAUGUUCUCUCUUUAUAUAUAUAUAUACAUGUAUACAUACUAUUACUAUUACUUCCUUCGCGUAUAUAUAUAUACAUGAACGCAUUGCCACACGCGCGCACACACACACACUAUUGCUAUAUGUGUACUCGUAUAUAUACACACAUUACACAUAUAUUAUAUAAUCGUGUUAUAUGUUAGCGAAAGAGAGAGACCGGUAGAUUAUGGUAGGUCAGCCCUUCCCGUGAGUGAAUGAAUGUAAAUAGAUGGCGCGCCGCUGCCGGCCCCCGACCCCGCCCGCCCUCGUCAUACCCUUUCUUUGCGAUCACGACUAGCACCCCACCACCACCAUAGAUAGAUACCACAUAUUUAUAGCGUUUAUACAUUUAUACAAUACUUUAUAUAAAAUAAAGCAUCAGUAUUUAAAA